CGGCCAGUGAGCCAGCACUGGCCCCAGCAGCUCAGCAUACACUGCAGUGGGACGCUCUGUUGGCCGGGAUGGACAGCCAAGUGCAAAACACAUACGGGCUGCUGCUGGCAUGCGCACUACUGCUGUACCUGUGCUGCCAGGUUUGCUGUCAGCAGUGUGUUGGCCCAUGCCAGUGCCCCAGCUCAGAGCCAGUUUGCCCAGAAGAUGUCCCUUUGGUGAAGGAUGGGUGUGGGUGCUGCCGGGUGUGCGCUCGCCAGAAGGGCGAGUCCUGCAGUGAUGUGCUCCUUUGUGACAAGACACGCGGUCUGCAGUGUGACUACAGCACCAGCUUCCCUGGAGAACCCGGAGAGUGUGUCAGUGAAGAGGAGCUGGGCUGCGAGCUGAAUGGAGUCUCGUAUCGGGAGGGUGAGACGUUCCAGCCGUCCUGCGCCACCCAGUGCCGCUGUGUGGGUGGAGGGGUGACCUGCGUGCCACUGUGCAGCGACGAUGUCCGCCUGCCCACUCCAGACUGCCCUCACCCUCAGAGGGUGCAGCUGCCAGGAAAGUGCUGUAAAGAGUGGGUGUGUGAGAACAUGGAUAACAGCGUGCUUCAGGAUGCACAAACAGCUUACAGCCUUGACCACUCACUGCCUGCCAUGCCCGAUUACCAAGCCAAUCCUGGCUCAAACUGCAUACAGCAGAGCACAGAGUGGAGCGCUUGCUCGCGAACCUGUGACCCAGGGAUCUCCACACGUGUGUCCAACCAGAAUCCGGCCUGCAGGCUGGAAAUGCAGAUCAGACUGUGCAAGGUCCGACCCUGCCACGCCUUCCCUCCCAGGACUCCAGUGUGGCCAAGGAAAUGCCAGCCCAGCUACAAGUCAGCAGUUCCUGUCCGGCUGGUCCACCAAGGCUGCUACAGCACCCGCUUCUACCAGCCCCGGUACUGUGGCCUGUGCACGGACGGCCGCUGCUGCACACCUUACCAUACCCGCACCGCCAUUGUCCCCUUCCGCUGCCGGGGUGGCCGGCUAAUCCACCAAGCUGUCAUGAUGAUCAGUUCCUGCAUCUGCCACUACAACUGUCCCUACUCAUCUGGCGGCAUCUACAGGAGACCUGCUUUCUGGGGCUAGAGAUUGUGCACUAAUUUAUAUAAAGUCCCAUCUCAUUCCCCAGGCUCCUCGCUGACUGGGCAGUUGGGUAUCUUCAUCUGUUUCACGCAUCAGAAGAAUAGCACUUUACACGUAUCACACUAUUUUUUUCAUUGACUGACUGGAAAAUGUCCUUCCAUAUAAAGAGCUCAAGAAUGUGAUCAAGUAUGCCAUUUGAGAUUUGGCUAGCUUGAGAGAUGGGUGGCUUCUUAAGGCUGGACUGGCCAAUUCUGCACUUAUAGCCUGUGUGUAUGGAAUUAGUUUGGACAAAAUAUUCAUUUUGCCAUGAAUUUUAGAGAAAAGCAUCAUGGAAGCUUUUUUGCAAUGUGUUAGCUAGGUCUAUAUGAUGGCAGCUAUUACUCUUGAACUAGUGCCUACAGCUUCCAUGUUAUACUUGAUUACUGUGGCUUGUACAAUAACUGCGACUGAGUGAUACUCCUUGGUAUUGUACUGUAGCUUUGGCUAUACGAAUGUAGUUCUGAGUAAAACUGAGAUAGGGGCCCAUUUUUUCAUAUGUUGUCAGUUGGAUUUUGGCUUCUGGUGUGAAUUAAAUUCUGAAACCAUCAUUCAGUUCAAUCACAUAACAUGGAACACAAAAGAAAGAAAAGUAAGAAAGAAUGAAAUGAAAGAAUGAAAACAGCCCCUUAAGCACUUUUAAAUGAAUUUAACUGACUUGCUGUACUUUUCAGUGUGACCUUAAUAUCUCUUUAGGCAGUUUGUCGAAUAAUCUGUGUGAGAUCCAAACAUUUCCCAGAAGAUAAAAAGAACACAGUAGAACACAGAUCAAAGGAAAAAUGGGAGGUUUCAAUGAAUACUGAGUCUGUUAAAAUCAAGUGGCAUCACACUCCAAUUACAACUGCAUAAUAGCUGACUGGAUGUUAGACUGUUAUCUAAUGGCUAUUUUUUUAUUUAUUUUUACCACAUGUGGUUUUCCCUCUUGUUCCUUGUUCAAUCGUUCAUUUUUGUGAAGACUGAAUAAAAAAUCUUCAAAAUCACA